UUGCUCCUUCUCCCAUUAACAGAUUUAGCCUGAAAUUGAACAGGGUAAAAUAUAUUUAAUCUGUUUUAGGCAAAUGAGAUUUUCAGUACUCUUUCUGUUCUUACUUUCCUCUGCUUUUCACAUGAAUGUCAGCUCCGCCCAAAUUGCUGAUGAUUUCCGUAAAAGUUGCGCUAGCAUCGGUAACUUCACCGCUAACAGUGCCUACGAUGCCAACCUAAAUCGUCUCUUCUUCCAACUCUCCUCCAACCAGGAUUUCAAUAAUGGCUUCUAUAACAUGUCCGUUGGCCAAAGCCCCGACAAGGUCAACGCAAUUGCACUCUGCAGGGGAGACAAAAAUGUGAGCGUCUGCAUAAGUUGCCUGAAAAACAACACCUACGCGCUUCGACAAACCUGUCCCAAAAAUAAAGAAGCAAUCGGGUGGUCGGAAUUCUGUACUCUACGCUACUCAAACCGACAAAUUUACGGAAUUAUGGAAAUCGAUCCAACUGCUGAAUUAUGGAGAACAGGUGACUCUUCGACGCCAUCUGAUGCUGAUGUUUUCUACCAGACCUUGAGUUUCUUAUUGAAAAAUUUAAGCACCCGUGCGGCUGCUGGGGGUCCUAAUUUCAAGUGGGCAACGGGCAUGACUGUUACUCCUGAGAAAAUUUUCGCCAUAGUGCAGUGUACCCCGGAUCUGUCCCAACAAAAUUGCAGCGCUUGUCUAGAGAAGGCCAUGGCGGAUGAAAAGAUGAGAACUUACUGCUAUAACAAAACCGGAUGCAGAAUUCUGCAACCCAGCUGUAACUUAAGAUACGAGAUUGGCCAAUUUUUUGACGGUGAAUAUGUUACUGUUGAUGUACCGUCUUCACCUCCUCCACCAGAAGGAAAUGAAAACAACCCGAACCAAAAAAGCGGCGUUGCAGCAGAAGGAAGCAACGCAACAAGGACAAUCAUCAUUUCCGUAGUUGCUUCAGUCAUUGCUUCGCUGGUUGGCAAUCUGUCGCUCAUCCUUUGUAUUUAGAUGAUUUUAAGAUGCCAAAAGGAAAAGAAAAAUGUUGAAAGAAAGUAAUACUAGCUUUGAAAUCCAUUCCUUUCUGCUGUAGAACGUGAUUAAUUAAAGUUACUCCCACGUGUUGCAUUUGGUAGCUGUAGGAUUAAAUGAUUAAGGCCGAG